AUGGCAGAAUACUUUAAACUACCGUGUUUUAAUCAAGAAAAUUAUGUGGAAAUCAAACUUCCACGACCAGAAGGAUCAGCGGGGACAAAUGAUGGUAAUGGUACUGAGAUUAUCUGUUGUGUUGAUACAAGUGGUUCAAUGGCUGGUAGUCCUAUAAACAAUGUCUGUGAGGUUUUACGAGAUAUUUAUCAACGCACACAAAAAGAUUAUCGUCUAUUUACAUAUAAUACACAAACAGACACUAAACGUACAUUAAAAACGCUAUUUGAACAAAAUACUAAUCUACAAGCCAGUGGUGGCACCGCAUUUGCAUGUAUUUUUACUUCCAUUAAAGAUUAUCUUCUACAAAAUUCAUCAUCAAAAAAAGCAACAACCUUUAUAUUUAUGACUGAUGGACAGGAUAAUGAACCAAAUAGUCAGGCAUUGAAGAAGAGUAUUGAAAUGUUAAAAUUGAUUCUAAGUGGAAUGACGAAUUCACCUCCCAUUACAUUUCAUGUGAUCGGCUUUGGUGAAGUUAACGAUCAAUUCCUUAAUCAAAUACGAACAUUUGG